UCCGAGUUGUUCGAUAUUCGCCAGUGUGUUCCCAGAGUGCGCGGGCCGUGCUGCGAGUCGCUGGUUCGAUCGGGUUGCCUUUGUCUCUCUCUCCCAACCGUCAGUCAGUCCUCGAAGUGCGAACGGUUUGAACGACGUCAGCGCAGAGUACAUACACCUAGCAUAUACAAUUGAAAACAAUCCCGCAAGAACGGAACAUGAUGAAUUUGGAAAGUAUUGAUGCGCUCCUCCAGGCCGCGGAAUAUUUGGAGAGGCGAGAUAGAGAGGCAGACCAUGGUUAUGCUUCAACUCUACCAAUGCACGAGGAUCUCAGAAACGCUACGAAAAGGCCAAAGACGAAAAAAUCUCAGGGAAACAGGACAUCUCAUAACGAAUUGGAAAAGAAUAGACGCGCACACCUGCGAACCUGCCUAGAGAAGCUCAAGGAAAUGGUACCCUUGGGACCCGAAGCUUCUAGACAUACAACCCUAGGUCUUCUCACUAAAGCAAAACGAUUCAUAAAGAAUUUAGAAGAGAGGGAUAGAAAGAAUUUGGCGUACAAAGAUCAACUAAACAGAGAACGUAGAUACCUAAAAAGGAGGCUGGAUCAGCUCUCGUCGAAUGGUAACCAUCAUCACACGGCGACGAUGUCGAAACGGCGCUCCGUUUCUGAGUGUUCGUCGUCGACGAUAUCCAGUAACCAUUCGACCGCCUCUCACUCGUCGGCGCCGUCGCCCAUCUCCGAGACAGACGAGGUGGACGUGAUCGGUUACACAAGCACCCAAAGCGAUACGGAUGACCACUCCAGCGUGCAAUCGGCGUCCAGUGACAGCGGGGUCACAAUGUCCACCAGGCUCCUGACCAUCUCCGAGAUCAUGGAGAGAGCCUACAUGUAGACAUACCAGAGGCGACGUCACACAGCGACCAGAGCCAGUCCUCUAGUCAACGAACAUGUCUGCUGGAAAUUAUCAUCUUAUUCAUCUUAUAAAUUAUUUAU